AUGGAGCGGACUCGGCCGCCAGCUGCAGACCAACGCACGCUGCAGAGCUUCAAGAAGCUCUUCGCCAGCUCCGAGCGGGCAAAAAAAAAAAAUAACCCCGUCUAUCGCCUGCUUCAUCACCAAAGACCUACAGCCCUACAGAGAACGAGGGUUUAUUCUGUCUAUUCUGUUUAUUUAAUCGUGGCUCCAAAAAUCGGAAUCGAAUCGUGA